CUGAGGGUUCUUUUGCCGGUGGACUAGAAACUCCCGCCAUUUCGACAGGGAAUUAACCUCUUGUUUGAUUGGGGAUACUUUCUUGUGACACUUGCGAAUAUUGUUUAUUGAUAAAACGAAACAGCGACAGCACAGCUAAUCAGCAAAAAAGAUCUGAUCUAGUUUAAAAAUACUUUGUUAGGACAGUGAAACUGCAGCCGAAUUGAGCUCUGGCUGUUACCGCGAGUUUGAUUUCGGUGUGGUUCUCAAUCUUUCGUGUUCACCUGAAGGAACUAAAACUUUACCAACUAACCCGUCGGAGCAAAGCUUUAAUAUCUUUUACUUCCCGGAUUUCUGGUUAAACCCAGCGCGUCUCCGCAGCUGCAGAAGCGGAGAAUGUUGCGAUGAGGCCAUCGGUGAGAAGCGCACUGUUAUUGUUUUGCAACGAGAUAGAGAGCCAGACUGCUAGCUGAUUAACUAGCUUCGGCACGCUCAGAGCCGGGGCCUGCCGGCUGUAAAGCGAGACGUGCUAGCGCUCGGUACAUAUAUUACCGACGCUUGGAUACAUGCUAAGAACUAACAAGGAGUAAGGCCGUGCUAGUUUGUUGCCAGAAAGUCACGUUUAACCUCUGGCACUCGUGCCGUCUUUGGAACUGCCAUGGCACCGCUUCUGGGCCGGAAACCGUACCCGCUGGCUAAGCCGCUAGCCGAGCCACCAGGCCCGGGAGAAGAGGUCUACAUCAUCGAGCAUACCAAGGAGGCCUUCAGGAACAAAGAAGAGUAUGAGGCACGCCUGCAGAGGUAUGAUGAACGCAUCUGGACAUGCAAGAGCACAGGAAGCCUCCAGCUUACUCACAAAGAGGCCUGGGAGGAGGAACAAGAAGUCACAGAGCUGCUUCAGGAGGAGUACCCUCUGUGGUUUGAGAAGCCAGUCCUUGAGAUGGUCCACCACAACACGGUGUCCUUAGACAAACUGGUGGAGAUGGCCUGGGUGGAAAUCCUCACCAAGUAUGCUGUUGGUGAAGAGUGUGACUUCCUGGUGGGAAAAGAUCAAAGUUUGCGAGUGAAAGUGAUCAAGAUUCACCCCUUGGAGACCCCAGAGGGCGAGUCGGGUGAGAAGAAGCUUGAAGGUGCCUGUGACUCCCCAUCCAGCGACAAGGAGAACGCAAGCCAGGAGAACCAGAGGAAGGAGCCCCCGUCUCGAGAGGAGGAGAACAGAAGGGAGAGUCUGAGUGACAGAGCGCGGCGUUCUCCGAGGAAAGCUACCACUGCCAUGAAGGAAGAGAAGAAGAGAUGGGUCAUGCCCAAAUUCCUUCCUCAUAAAUAUGACGUGAAGCUCAUCAAUGAGGAUAAGGUGAUCAGUGAUGUCCCAGCAGACAGUCUCUAUAGAACAGAGCGACCUCCAACCAAGGAGAUCAUGCGCUACUUCAUCAGACACUACGCCCUGAGGCUGGGCAAAGGAGAAAGCGCCCCCUGGGUGGUCGAAGAUGAUCUGGUGAAAAAAUACAACCUGCCCAGUAAAUUCAGCGACUUUCUCCUCGAUCCACAAAAGUUCUUGGCAGGAAACCCGUCCACGAAGCGUAAAAGCUUGACUUCUCCCGAAGGUAAACCUAGCAAAAAGGUGAAAACUGGUGACACUCCUGGAGAGGACUCAGGAAGUGAGAAGGGAGAGAAGAAGAAGAAGAAGAAAGAAGGGUUGCCUCUUAGUCCCACCAUAUGGGGUCAUAUGCAGAAGAUGAAGAUGAAUGGCUCCCCCCUAAAGGUAAAGAACUCUGGAACUCCUAAGAAAGGAGACGGAAAAGGCUCUGCUCCCUCCACUCCAAGGUCCGGCAAGAAGGCCGGGGACAAAAAAGAUGGGAAGAAAAGCGGAAAGGGUGGUGAUAAGAAACUUGAUGUUCUAAAAUCUUCUAAAAAAGAUGGAAAAACUGGCGAUAAGACGCCAAAAAUGAAGCAGAUGACUCUGUUGCAACUGGCUAAGGGAACCCCUGCAGCGAGCCCGAAGAAGCGGGCUCGCAGCUCCAGUCUGGGCACACCCAAACUUGGGAAGCCGCUGCACCCUAUGGCGUUGCAUCUCGUCCGCUACUACAAGGAGCACAAGGGAAAAGAGGAUAAGAAGACGUCCCUCUCUUCCCUCAUAACCAAAGCUGCCAAGACGUUGUCCGCUGAAGACCGCGGGCGUCUGCCGGACGAGCUGAAGGAACUGGUACAGAAGCGAUGGGAGCUGCUGGAGCAGAAGAAGAGAUGGGCAGCCAUGAGUGAAGAAGAGAAGAACGAGGAGAUGAAGAGGAAGCGCGCCGAACUCAAAGAGAAGCUAAGAGAGAAGGCCAAAGAGAAGCGCAAGCAGGAGAUGUUGGUCCGCCAGGAGCAGUCGCGUAGAUAUGAGGAUCAGGAGAUCGAAGGCGGCAAAGCGCUGCCGACGUUCAAGCUGGUGGACAUGCCCGAAGGCCUGCCCAACACGCUGUUCGGCAGCGUCGCCAUGGUGGUGGACUUCCUCCACUGCUACGCCGGGUUGCUGAUGCCCGAGGACCAGUACCCGAUCACAGCGGUGGCUCUGAUGGAGGCGCUGGCCGGGGAGCGCUCCGGAUUCCACUACCUGAACCGCGUGUUGGUGGUGCUGCUGCAGACGCUGCUGCAGGACGAGCUGGCCGAGGGCUACAGCGAGCUGGACAUGUCCCUGUCGGAGAUCCCGCUCACCAUGCACUCGGCGUCGGAGCUGACGCGCCUGUGCCUGCGGCCGUGCGACGCGCACGACGAGAGCGGCCAGGGCUCGGAGGACUCGGGCGCGGUUGGCGGCUACGACGACGUGGUGAGCAGCGAGUUCCUGGAGAAGCUGGAGACGGUGGAGGUGUUUGAGCUGAGCCCGGAGGAGAAGGUGGACCUGCUGGUGGCGCUGUGCCACCGCAUCCUCAUGACCUACUCGGUGGAGGACCACGUGGACGCCAUGCAGCAGCGCUCGGCGGAGCUGUGGAAGGAGCGCCUGGCCAUGCUGAAGGAGGUCAACGACCGCAAGAAGGCAGAGAAGAAGAUGAAGAAGGAGAUGGAGAGCAAAGGUGGGGUCAGUCCCGGUUGUGUCACGGGUUCAUCCGACACGUUAAGAUAUUUACCAACUUUUACGUUUUCUUGGCUCAAAGGUGAGAAGAAAAAGGAGGGAGCAGCUAAAAAGGAGAGCAAGAAGGAAGUGAAGGUGGAGCCGGAGCCGGAACCUGAGGACCUGAUCAGCCUGGUGAAGAGCCGGCGGCUGAUGGCCAUGCAGGCCAAGAAGGAGAAGGAGGAGCUGGACCGGCAGAACAAAGAGCGGAUGGAGAAGGAGGCCGAGGAGGAGCGGCUGCGGAAGCAGAAAGCCUCAGCAGAGCGCGCCUUCCAGGACGGCAUAACCAAAGCCCGACUGGUGAUGCGCCGGACACCGCUCGGCACCGACAGAAACCACAACAGAUACUGGCUUUUCUCCGACGUGGUUCCCGGGCUGUAUGUCGAGAAGGGCUGGGUGCACGACGGCAUCGACUACAGCUUCACUCCUCCACCCGAGGAGAAAGCGGCUGAGCCAGAGAUGGAGGAAGAGGAGGAGGAAGGCAGCGAGGCAGCUUCAGUUCCCGAUUCACAAGGUAGAGAAGCUGAAAAAGACGACGCGAGCGUCGACGGCGCUGCAAGUGAAGGAGUCCAUCAGGGGGCAGCACCAGACGUCUGCAUUGAAACUACAAUUCCUAAACAGGGGCAGAAUCUUUGGUUUGUCAUCGACAACCCGGCUGAGCUGGAGGAUCUGGUGGAAAGUCUUCAUCCUCAGGGAGUUCGAGAGAGCGAGCUGAAGCUAAAGAUCCAAAGCAGGUACCAGGACAUCCUACACUCCAUCUAUUUGAGUCGUAAAUCCAAACUGGGACUCAGGAGCUGUGACGGCUACGCCGAGCUGCUCAAAUACAUGCGCAGCGACAUCCAGGAGAUACUGGCUACCGACAGUAGAAUAGAAGAGUCACAUUGCUUAAAAAAUGUCCCACCCCAUGUAACUGUAUGUACGCUUCUGAUGAAAAGACAUGGAGAGACAUCAGUCACAGCUCAUCAGGCAUGUGUCAUCAAGAAGUUCCUGCAGGGCUUCAUGGCUCCCAAGCAGAAGAAGAAGAAGAAACAAGCAGGGGAAGAAAGCAGCAAGGCCGAGGAGGUGGACGAGGAGAAGAAACUAGCAGAGGAAGCCAGGGUAGCCACAGCGGUAGAGAAGUGGAAGUUGGCCAUCAGGGAGGCGCUGACCUUCUCCCGGAUGCACGUUCUGCUGGGAAUGUUGGACGCCUGCAUAAAGUGGGACAUGUCUGCAGAGAACGCUCGCUGCAAAGUCUGUCGCAGGAAAGGCGAUGAUGAGAAGCUCAUCCUGUGUGACGAGUGCAACAAGGCGUUCCAUCUGUUCUGCCUGCGACCGGCUCUGUACCGCAUCCCUGCUGGGGAGUGGCUGUGUCCUGCCUGCCAGCCCACCGUGGCCAGGAGGGGCUCACGCUCAAGAAAUUAUAAACAAGACACCGACGAAGAGGAGAGUGAGGAGGAGUCUGAAGAGGAAUGCUCUGAAGACGAUGACGAGGAUGAGGAAGAAAAUGACUAUAAAGCCAUGGGGCACAGCUUGAGGCCGAGGAAGAAGAACAAGCAGUCUUCAUCACGCCAGAAGAGCUCUAAAAGUAAAGCCAAGAAGGCGUCCAGCAGGCAGAGCAGCAAGCAGAGAGCCGGGCCCAGCAGCCCCGCAGACAUCGACGAACUGGUGAGGCAGAGUACCCAGACGGGGGUCAGCAAGCAGGCGCUGGAGCUGGAGAGGUGUGAGGAGAUCCUGAAGAAGCUGAUGAAGUUCCGCUACAGCUGGCCCUUCAGGGAGCCCGUUUCUCUGGACGAGGCCGAGGACUACCUGGACAUCAUCUCAGAGCCCAUGGACUUCCAGACGAUGCUGGGGAAGUUCGGCCAGGGCUCAUACCGACACGCCCAGGACUUCCUGGAGGACAUGAAGCUGGUGUUCUCCAACGCGGAGGAGUACAACCAGCAGGGCAGCACUGUGCUCUCCUGCAUGGGCAAGACGGAGCAGACGCUCACCGAGCUCAUCCAAAAGCUGCUCCCCGGAAUCAGCUACCUCCGCCGGCGCUCCCGCAAGCGUGUCAACCAAGCUCCUCCUUCAUCUGAGGAGGAGGAGGAAGAAGACGAGGAGGAGGGUGACGACGAUGAAGGGGACUGCAAAGAGCAGAAAGAGGAACCCAAGAAGAAGAUGCAGAAUGGCAAAUCGAGCCGGAAGACGGGCAGGAACGUUCGGGGCCGGAAAGAGGAGAGCGAGAGUGAGGCGGACAGCGAGGAGGAGAGCAGCAGCAGGAGGAGGAAGAGCAAGAGGACCUCCGGUGCCUCCGGCAGGAAGGAUUACAGGGAGCUGGACAGCGACGGGGAGCAGGGUACGAGGAGAACUCGUCUGCGGGGGGGGCGGGGUGACGCCAGCAGCGACGAGGAGCAGCCCAGCCAUCAGCAGCGACAUUCCAAGAGACUGAAACGCUCGUGAGGAACCCAGGAUGUCUUCUCUCCAUCAUAAUCUGUGGACCACUGGCUCUCUUCCUCCUCCUCCUCCUCCUCCUUCUCCUGCUCCUCCUCCUCCUCACAACCAGCAGGACUCAGAUCUCAGAAGGACUGGUUUUUGGUUAACAAAUUUAUGUUCACAUUUUGGAAAACAAAAAAACGGAUUUAUAUUUGUAACAUUUUUGAUAUCGACAAUGUUGUUGUUUUUUUGUCCCAACCAAGAAAAAUGAACCUUUUACGAUAAUUACUUUUCCUCAUGGCUCUUAGGAUUAGUAUUUCAGUUUGCCGUCAACAUCAUCACACUAUCCUGACGCCUUGUCGCCAGACCGUCUCUUUGCUGACCUUUUUUUGUCCUGGGUAAUUUAUAGCUGCCAAGAUGUUUAAAUUUCAUUUCUGCAUUCAUACUCCUGGCCAGGAAUUUCAACUGGCUUGAGCUUCAGAUUAUCUUCAGGAACCAGAGCGGCUCAUGGAGCCUCUUGUCUGUAGUGCCCUGCCACUUUAAAACACCUCAGAUGAUUCGCCUAUUUGUAUUCCUCCUUUGUAAAAGUAACGGCACCGGGCGUAAAUAAAACUGUGUUUAAUCAUUUCUAUACAGUAUUUAAAACCAGUCUUUUUUUUUUUUGUUGUUGGGUUUUUUUGUUUGUUUUUGGGCUCAUUUUAUUUGAUAUUGUAAAUGAAAACUUGUCCAAUAAAUGCACAGAGAACACGUCUCAGCAGAAAUGACAAUUCUUACUUUCUGUAACCAACGUGCAACUCAGUUUAGUUUAAAAUUGACGCCAUGUUCCAGAAAAAUUGUCACUAGGGGGCGCUCUGCUUCUCCGUUUAAUCCUACAGCCGCUGCAGAAUUCACUGCCUGAUUAAAAAUAUUUCAUUUGAAUCAGUCGACACAGAAAGUCAAUGUAAAUCAGAUUUUUUUUAAAUUAAUGCCCAAUGUGUAUAUAUUUAUACAUUUGUGUAUACAGAUAAGGUUGGUUUUCCCCUCUUUUUCUGUCUGUACUGUGAGAUGCUGUGUUUUACUAGUGCUGUUAACAUCCAAACUUUCUAGUCACAAGUUUGUUUGUUUUUGUUUUUUUGCCCAACCUAUUUCUGUUCAGCUUGGUUUUGCUCACCCAGAAAUCUGUUUUUAAUAAAAAAAAAAAUAAUAAAAAAAAUCUCCCUGAGAUGUCAGCGAACAAACAAAAAGGCGACUGGACCCUCUGAGGGAAAUCUUGUUUGUAGAUGCUUUCCUUGUUCUUGCAGGACCUGCAAAAGGCUUUUACACUUAAUUUUUUAAUAUAUAUAUAUAUUUAUAGUCUAAAGCGGGGUUGAGCAGGCUGGAGGUUUCUCGUGUAAAGGAUAAAGGCCAGAGACCAUGGCUCUGCCUGAUUUUAUUUAGGCAGAGCCGAGGCCUGGUGUCAGGUCGGUCUGACAGAAAUCACUGCCAUCAUGAGAUAAUGGACUGGGGAGAAGACCGGGCCAGCCUUGAUGGCUGAACUAUGUCUUUACUUUUUAAUAAAAGAUUCAAACAUU